AUGGUUGAAACAGCCAAAACUGAAACAACACCCAUCUCCCUCUUCCUCUUCCUGCCUAUUCUUCUUCUUCUCUCGCUCCUCCUCCUCCUCCUCCUCCUCCUUGCCGCCUCAAUCGGCAGACUGGUAGGAUGAGUACGCUCACUCUUGCAGCCUGGAAUUUUUUCACCCUUUUAGACAGUCCGUCGAGAAACCGACCGGAACGGAAGGAUAGUGCUAGUGGCCCGAGAACUGGUGUGCUAUAAGGAGGAUUUUGCUGCACUCAACGAGACCCGCUUCUCCGAACAAGGUCAAUUGGAGGAGGUGGGCGCCGGCUACACCUUCUUCUGGAGCGGUCGCUCCAGGGCAGAGCGGCGGGACGCGGAUGUCGCUUUCGCCAUCCGAAACGACAUCGUGGGACGACUGCCCUGCGUGCCGCAGGGCAUCAACGAUUGCCUGAUGAGUCCUCGCAAGCCUCUCUGGGGAGGCAAGUUUACCACUAUCAUCAACGUUAACGGUCGACUGAUGACCAGCCCUGACGACGCAAGCGGCAAAUUCUAA